AGUGAACUGACGGUGUGGUUAUGGGACUGUAGUGACUGAAAGUGACAUGAAUAUAUAUAAAAAUAUAGAUUUUUGGAUUAGAUUAAGGAUAUAUAUGCAGAAAUCAGCAUUUGAACGAUAGGAUGGAUUAAGGGAAAGGUGUAUCUGUGUCGUGGAUUAGUGCUCCACAGUCCCUGAAAUGACCCAUUUCUGCUAUGGCGAGGGGUCUGUUUCCACGGGCCUGGAUGUCAAAGUCUUACUACCACUUUCAGGUGCGCCUGUCGCAUGUCCGGGUGAAGUACCUGUUCCUCACCUGGCUGGCCGUGUUCGUGGGCAGCUGGGUGAUAUAUGUGCAGUACUCCUCUUACACAGAGCUGUGCCGGGGCCGAGAAUGCCAGAACAACAUCUGUGAUCAGUACAGGAAGGGAGUGAUCGAUGGCUCUGCCUGCAGUAGUCUGUGUGAAAAAGGCUCGCUCUAUUUCGGGAGGUGUCUGUCCAGCAAACCCAACAAUCAGGUGUAUACAGGAAGCUGGGGGGACGUGGACGGCGUGAUUAAGUGUCAGCUGAAUGACGUGCUGCACUAUGAGCUGGGGGAGGAGCUGGAGCCGAGGAAGGAGUCCGCACUUUUCGACAAACCAACCCGAGGAACCUCAGUGGAGAAGUUUAAGGAGAUGGUCUCCAGCCACCUGAAGGCAAAAGUCGGGGAACAGGCUAAUCUGUCCAGUCUGGUGUCGCUCAUCCUGACGGUCGCCGACGGCAACAAAGAUGGGCGUGUCUCUCUCCCGGAGGCUAAAUCCGCCUGGGCUUUACUGCAGCUUAAUGAGGUUCUGCUGGCCGUGGUUCUGCAGGACCGGGAGCACACCCCCAAGCUGCUGGGCUUCUGCGGUGAUCUGUACGUGGUGGAGAGGGUCCCGUACACCCCCCUGUAUGGACUCAGCCUGCCCUGGCCCCUGGAGCUGUGGGUCCCAGCAGGUUUCCGGCGCAGCAUGGACCAGUGGUUCACGCCGUCGUGGCCGCGGAAGGCCAAGAUCUCCAUCGGCCUGCUGGAGCUGGUGGAGGACGUGUUCCACGGGCCGUUCGGCAGCUUCCUCAUGUGCGACAUGAGGCCUGGCAGCUUCGGCUACACGGACCGGCACGACCUGCGGCUGGUGGACGGGCGGCUGGUGGUGCCGGAGGAGGCGUUCGGGAGCGCCAUGCGGCUGCAGCGCUGCCGGGAGGACGGGGACUGUGUGUACGGGGUGGACUGCAGGACGUCCUGCGACCGGGCCGAGGGCCACUGCACGCCGCGAGUCAGCCAGCCCAACCUGGCGCGGGCCUGCGGGGCGCUGAAGGACUACCUCCUGCGGGGGGCGCCGGCGCACCUGCGGGACGAGCUGGAGAAGCAGCUGUACUCCUGCAUGGCGCUGAGGGGCUCCGCCCAGCACAUGGAGAUGGAGCACUCGCUCAUCCUCAACAACCUGAAGACGCUGCUGUGGAAACAGAUCUCGCACACCAAGGACUCGUAAUGCAGGGGUUCCUCACCGCGCUGGAGAACCGGAGAACCGCAGACCUGCGCCGUUUCAGGUGUUCUCUGCUCCAUGGUUCUAGAUAUUAGCCGAGUUAAGCCCUGUCACAAUCACUGUUUUUUAUUAGAAGAUAUACAGCUCUGGAAAAAAUUAAGAGAGCACUUCACUUCAGUUUCUGAAUCAGUUUCUCUGAUUUUGCUAUUUGUAGGUUUAUGUUUGAGUAAAAUGAACAUUGUUGUUUUAUUCUAUAAACAUUUAUUGCGGGAAAUGAGAAAUGGCUGAAAUAACAAAAAAUAAUCCAAAGAAAACAAGUUCAUAUUCACAAAGUUUUAAGAGUUCAGAAAUCAAUAUUUGGUGGAAUAACCCUGGUGGUUUUUAAUCACAUUUUUUUCAUGCUUCUUGGCAUCAUGUUCUCCUCCACCAGUCUUACACACUGCUUUUGGAUAACUUUAUGCUGCUUUAAUCCUGGUGCAAAAAUUCAAGCAGUUCAGUUUGGUGGUUUGAUGGCUUGUGAUCAUCCAUCUUCCUCUUGAGUAUAUUCCAGAAAUUCAUCUUUACUCAUUUUUAAGUGGUCUCUUUUUUCCAGAGCUAUAUAUAGUCCAGAGUUACUUGUCUUUUCACAUGGACAAUUAUAGCCAGAUGUUGCCACUCACCAUAAUUACCCCCACUACAUUGGGAUAUUGGGACAUUAGGAUAUUGGGUCAUUGGGAUAUUGGGAUAUUGGGAUAUUGGGUCAUUGGGAUAUUGGGAUAUUGGUACAUUGGGAUAUUGGGUCAUUGGGAUAUUGGUACAUUGGGAUAUUGGGUCAUUGGGAUAUUGGGAUAUUGGUACAUUGGGAUAUUGGGUCAUUGGGAUAUUGGUACAUUGGGAUAUUGGGUCAUUGGGAUAUUGGUACAUUGGGAUAUUGGGUCAUUGGGAUAUUGGGAUAUUGGUACAUUGGGAUAUUGGGUCAUUGGGAUAUUGGGUCAUUGGGACAUUGGGUUGUAAGUUUGUAUUUAUUUGGAGCAGAGAAUAUCUGAAACUGUGGGUCUACAGAGCUGGAGAUGGGAAACCCUGUGUAUCCUAAUGUUACUUUGCCAAGUGAAAGCCUGGGAGAUGUCCAGCUCUGGUCCUGGGUGGUGUCCAACAGCGAUUGGUGAUUUCUACUGACGAGAUAAGUUUUACAAUUUAACGGUUGAAAUGAAACUCGGUUCUAGAGAACAUAAAAUUCACAGUGAUGGUGAAUGGAAGUGGUCGUCACUACCGUUUGGAGUUUACUUCCUCUAAAAACUCCCUAAUACACCAAAUCAUUAUUAAUACACUUUAAUGUUUUACAUUCUUCGAAGUAGCACCUCUUGCUUUGGUUGCAACUUUGCUCAGUCAAUCGGAAAUAAUUCAACAUUCCACAUAAAACCCAGAAGACUUAUGUAGACUUAUUUUCAUCUCAGCAGGUUUUUAUUAAUGUUACAGAAGAAAAAUCACUAAAAAUGUCCCUCCAGGACCAGAGUUUCUCUCUCCUGAGCUCAGUCAAUAUGAAGAAGUGUUGGAUGUUUGAAUGAAUUACGCUGGUAAGAGAGGCAAAGACGAAGGUGAGCAUGCAGCCGGACCGACGCUCAUCUCCUGCCUGAAGGACAGCGUGCUUUAGGCCAAGUGUAGCACUGUGACACCGGUCCACUGCUCUUUCAGAGAAAAGAGGAGGGGGAGGAGCUUAAACAGAGACACAUUAUUACACUCAUCAUCUCAGAAACAGCUGCACCCAGGAGGAGGUGUGGGAUUGUGAUGAUAUUCAAACUGUUUAACAUAACAAAAAUUGCAGCAGGGCUCAUCCAACAUUGCUAUCUCCACAUUAGCAGUAGUGGCGAACAGGCUCAUCUAAUGUCACUAACGCCACGUUAGCAAUGCCGGCGACUAGGCUCAUCACAUAUUGCUAAAGCUGCAUUAGCAGUACCGACAAACAGGCUCGUACAAUAUCGCUAGCACUGCUUUAGCAUUACUGACGCCCAGGUUCAUCGAGUAUCGCUAACGCCGCAUUAGCAAUGCCAGCUCUAAUCUAAAAUCACUGGCACCACGUUAGCAUUACCAACGGCAUCAAAUUCAGUUAAUUAACGUUAGCGACAACUGGGAUAAUGAUUUAAUAUCACUACCACUGCAUUAGCAUUAGCAUUAGCGACACCCGGUAUAAUUCAAUAUCGCUAAUUUGAUAUCGCUAAUGCCGAUUAGCAGUAGCAGCGACCAGGCUCAUCCAACGUUGUUAGUGCUGCAUUAGCUGUACAGGUGAACAGGCUCGUUCAAUAUCGCUUACGCCACAUUAGCAUUAGCGACACCCAGGAUGAUUCAGUAUGGUUUACGCUGCAUUAGCAGUACAGGUGAACAGGCUCAUUCAAUAUCGUUAAUGCCACAUUAGCCUUACCGAAAUCCGGGCUCAUUCUAUAUCACUAAUGCUGCAUUAGCAUUACAAACGAACAGGCUCAUUCAGUAUUGCUAACAUUGCAUUAGCAUUACCGAAAUCUGGGCUCAUUCAAUAUCGCUAAUGCCGCAUUAGCAUUACCGAAAUCCGGGCUCAUUCAGUAGCAUUAGCAACAUCCAGGAUGAUUCAAUAUAGUCAACGCAGCAUUAGCAUUACCAGAGACUGGGCUCAUCCAACGUCGUUAAUGCUGCAUUAGCAGUACAGGUCACUGGGCUCAUUUAAUAAUGCUAACACCAAUGCCAGAUUAGCAUUACCAGCGACCGGGCUCAUGCAACUUCUUGAACGCUGCAUUAGCAGUACAUAUAAACAGGCUCAUUCAAUAUCGCUAACGUCUGAUUAGCAGUACCAGCAACCACUUUCUUCAAAUGUUGUUAAUGCUGCAUUAGCAUUACAGGCGAACAGCCUCAUUCAAUUUUUCUUAUGUCAUAUUAGCAUUACUGACGCCCGGGCUCAUUUAAUGUCGCUAAUGCUGCAAUAGCAUUAGUGACAGACAUCUGGGCUCAUUCGAUAUCGCUAACGCCGCAAUAGCAUUACCAGCGACCAGGCUCAUGCUACUUCAUUAACGCUGCAUUAGCAGUACAGGUAAACAGGCUUAUUCAAUAUUGCUAAUGCCAUAUUAGCAUUACCGAUGUCUGGGCUCAUUGAAUAUAGCUAAAGCUUCAUAGGCAUUAGCGACCCCUGGGAUGAUUUAAUGUCACUAAUUCUGUAUUAGCAUUACAGACACCCGGGCUCAUUCUAUAUUGCUAACACUGCAUUAGCAGUACCAGCGACCAGGCUCAUCUAACGUUGUUGAAGGAGAACUCUGGUGUAAAAUGGACUUUUGGUGUAGAAAAACAUAAUAAAUAUUUUCCCACAGUGUUCAGAGAUCCAGAAAUGUAACAGUUUGUCUAAACACCCUUCAGACUGGGUGAUACGGGACAUAAUUUACCCUGAUAAAUCACUUUUUACACCGUUAUCCACUGUUAACGGCGCAUUAGCAUUACCAACGCCCAUCCUUGCCCAGUUUACAAUUGUUCUGUGCCACUCUAGAGAAUCUUCUGAACAGCAUCACAAUCCCACUCUUCCUACUGGAUACAGCUGUAUAAGUUGUUUUUGAUGAUGAUGUGUAUCUCUAUUGCCAACUGUGUGUGUGUAUGUGUGUAUGUGUGUGUGUGUGUGUGUACUCAUUUGUACUAGCAUUUCUAACGUCUGCCGACCAAAAGGUGCCAUAACCACAAGUGAUCACUGAUCAUGCUAUUUUUAACACUUCCUUCAAGUCUUGUGAAGGGGAUGAAGAAGCUCUUUGCAUCCAUUCUUGGAUGAGAAAACGACACGUAGAACGCAGGAGGACACGCAGAAGAACUGACUAACACAAGCUGUGACCGAUUCUACAGGUUGUUGCAUCGUUUUUGUAGGUACAGAUCGGCGGCGUUAUGCGUUAGCAUGCAUGUUACAGGUCAACCUUUGCGAAAUUUGAGGUGGGAAUUUGUGCAAGCUGUCCAAGAACAUUCACACUGCCAGAUGUAGGAACGCCAACCUUGUUGAGUUGGCCAUUUUAUCGGAAACACCGACCACCUACACCUUUUUACGCACUAUAAGGCGCACUUAAAAUCCUUUUAAUCAGGUGCUCCUGAUGUAUGAAUUCUACGCUUUGCUAAAGUACAGCUUUAUAAAGGGGUUUUUGGUGAAGUUUCUCCAGCACCAAGACGGGAGCAGCUUUAGCAGUAUUAGCAUUAGCUGCUAACCACACUAAGCACUAACUCUUUUACCAUUCAGAGGCGAGUAUUAUCAGCCUGUAGCCUGCUGCUAACCUUGGCUAGCACUGAUGGAGCAGCAUUAGCAUUAGCCUGCGCACACUGCGCUAAGGUUUGGCAGGAGCAGUGGGACUCGGCAGCUUAAAAGUAGCUAAAUUCAGCAUUUAAUUUAUUGAAAUUGGUGUUUUUUAGGCAGUAUUUGGCCUUUCACGAUUAUGACCUUAUCAGUUUAUGUGUAGAUGGUCUUAAUCAUUUUUUAUUUAUCUCAAUAUUGCCUCAAUAUUAAAUUGUUCUUAUUGAAGUAAUCCCAUUUAACAUUAGAGCUCUAUAGUCAAACUAAAAUCAGGCAGCUAGACUUAAUCAUACGAGUUAAUCAUACGUUCUAUUAUUGACCAUGUGAUGUUAAUUUGCUGUUGGUACACGAUUAUUUGCACAAUAAUUUUAUUUUCAGAUUUAAAAAAUUGUAAAGUGGCCUUAAUUUCACUGUUGGGAGAUUAGAUUUACUGUAGAAACAAAAGAAAUUGGGAAAUUGCUCGGCUUCUAGUCAUUUAGGCUGCACUGUAAACUCAAUGAAGGCAGUCUGGGACACUGAGCUUGGUCUGGGAGGAAGGGGGCGGGGCUACCAAACGAAUUGAUGAGUCUGGCUAUGCCUCUAUUCUGUACUUUACAGAUAUUUCUGGCUUAAUUUCUAUAGAAUAGCAUAUAUAGAUCCAUGCUUUCUGCAGAUAUUGAUUAAAUUUAAUAAAAAUUCUAUUUUUUCUACAUUGGAAAAUCAGAAGCAUUAUAUAGAACUGUAAAACUAUAUAAAACUGUCAAAAAUGUAUUUUUUAAUGCAAAUCUUCAGAUUUUCCAUAAGCAGGGGGUACAAAUAAAUGUAUUUUAUGGUUCAUAUAGUGUUUCCAAUAAAAUGGCCAACAAGCUUAGCUCAGGCAUUAACAGGCAGGUGUUCCUAAUGAACUGGAAGCUCAGUAAUUGGAAGUUUUAUUGAUUUGAUUGAUAUGUUGGCCCUGAUUGGUCCGUCAGGUUCGUUUUUUUGCUGGUGCUGAAAUUUGUGUACGAAUUCCAGAUCAAACUGCCCGCAUUAGGACACGCCCCCACAUGCUGGAAGGACGAAUGGACCGUCUGAUCUCCUGAUUCAGUUUUCUGAUUGGAUAUGAUGUUCUCUUUUCUCACACCGUGUUUUUUUGUAUCUCCAGUUCUGUCCGUCGUCAGAUUUAAUCCGUGUGCAAUCAUACUCUAUACGAUCCAUUGCUGAAGAUCAUCGCUGCUGUUUGAGGAUAAAAUGAUAAAAAAUAUUUCUAUUUUAAAAUGUAAAUGCAUGACUUUGCACAUUAAAAUGUUUUGUUGCACUUAAA